AUGCAUAAACAUUUCACGUUACUGCUCACCGUCUGUGCGCUAGCCGCACACGGUUACCCAACGGAUCUGGGUCAUCAACAUGGUGGCAGUGGCAGCAGCAGUGGUAGCUCUGCCACCAGUAACUCACAGUCGGCAGGCUUCGGUGGCUUCCCGGCCCUGCCCGGAUUCCCAGGAGGAUUCGGUCAGGGACAGGCUUCGCAGCCCCUCAUGGCCGGAGCGGGUCACAAUGCCGGCGGAUGGAGUCCGGACGUGUUCAACAAAGGAUUUCCGUUCCCACCCGCCCACGGUAGCAGUUCGGGUAGCUCUUCGUUCUCCAGCUCCUUCUCAUCAAGCCAAGAUGGCAAAGUGACCGGUUCGCAGUCCCAUUCGCAGUCCGGUAGUCAGAGCUCCGGACACGGUGGUCCUUCCAGCUCCGGCAGCUCAGCUGGAUCGCAAUCGUUCAGCAAGGGUGGUCACGGUCACCAUGGAAGUGAGAGUGGCAGUGCUUCCGGGGCACAAUCAGUUGCGCACGAUCAGCAUGGCCACCACGGUUCUUCGUCCGGUGCUCAAUCGCAGUCCACCAGCCACAACGUUCACGGUCACGAUCAUGGCAAGGAUCUUCACAGCAGCGCGGGAGCAAACGCACAAUCGCACUCAGUUGGCCAGGAGCACCACGGACACGGUGGAGUUGUUGGCAGUUCCGCUGGAGCUCAAUCCCAGUCGGCUUCGGUAGGCCAGGGACAUCACGGUCAGCUAGCUUCGGGUAGUAAUGCCGGCGCCCAGUCCGUAUCGCAGUCUGUGCAGGAUUCACACCACGGUCACCACGGUCACGGACCGAGCGGUUCCGCCAGCUCUGCCGGAUCCCAAUCACAGUCACAGACGGGUCACGGUCAGCACCAUGGUGCGGGUGGCCAGCAACAUGGUUCCGGAGGACAGCACAAAGAGUAUUAUCAGGGUCAUAGCCGCGACGGUGAGGGAUACGGAGUGCGCAUCAGCACGGACGAGACCCAGGAUGGUUCGGUGAAGAAAACUGCCAGUGAAGCUUGGGUGUGGAAGGACUAA